AUGCCGUUAAUCGUCUCGGCUCUCGUUCUUGUGUUUGCCACCAUCAGCAUCAGCAUUGAGCUCUAUCGCAGCAUUGCCUUCUACAGCGGAAACAUCUACCACUCGCCAGACUUUGAUUGGUCGCAUGCCAUGUCAGCACUGGUCGUCCACGCUGGCAAGCUGGAUGAGGCCAGCCUUGCCCUGAGUUCCGAGCCUAUCGCCCGAGCCUACGUGUUCCCGCACCUGGAGAACAUGCUGAAGCUGCCCUUAUGGAAGCCCCUCCCCCAGUUCCCACCUCACGACGCCGUGCCCCUGGACUGGCUGCUCUACUUCGCGUCCUUCGGCCGCAUCCUCCUCUGGAACAUCAUCUUCUUUCUCCCCGCACUCAUCCUCUCGUUACUGUCACACAGCGUGGCGCCGCUGGUGAUAGGCGCGGUGAGGAACGUGAUUGUGGUGAUCAGCUUCGGGCUGGCUCAGAACGAGCUCAGCUUUGCGCAUGUCUUCAUGGAUGAGGUGUUGGACCUGGGGCUGUCAUCUCAGCACGUGGAGCAUUGGAACGUGCAGAAACUGCUUGCUUUGGCCAAGACCCGUUCGCUGCAGGGGGAGCUGAUGGCGGGGUAUGAGGAUGACACCUGUGACAUGGGGGAGGCGGUAUUUGAGGAGGGUUUACUCGAAAAGGGAUCACUCGGGGAGGGGUUACUUAGGAAGGGGGCACUUGGAGGGGAGGAGGGGAUGAAGGGGGAAGGGCAAGGCGGAGGAAGGGCGAAGAAUGGAGAUGAUGGUAAGGAGGGGAAGCACGGGGAAGUUGAAUUGUCGGGAGGUGGGAUGGAGAAGGCAAGGGAGAGUGAGGUGAAAGGGAAGACGCGUGGAGAGGAGCAACUACCAUACGAGUAUUCAUGGGACGAUAAGGAGCUGGAUGAAGCUGCAGCUAAGUGCCUCACUUACAGCUGUCUCGAGCCGGAAAUCAACAAGAUGUGGAAAAACCCGCGGCUUACCCCCCAGCAGUUUGUUAGGCAGAUUAAGGAGCUAUGUGUGAUGAUUGAGGACCGGUUUAAAGAGCUCACGGGGGCGACGAGAAGGGAGCCGCGCGCCCCCCCCCGGGGCGCCGCGACGGGCACCAGGGAGGGCGCCGCGACGGGCCCCCAGAGCCACCUCGACGGGCGACGGGGAGGGCGCCGCGCGGGCCCCCCGAAGUCGCCUCGACGGGCGACGGGGAGGGCCGCGCACGGCCCCCGAAGUCGCCACGACGGGCGACGGGGAGGGCGCCGCGCACGGCCCCCGAAGUCGCCUCGACGGGCGACGGGAGGGGACCGCGCGCGGCCCCCGUGGUCGCCACGACGGGCGACUGGUGGGGAGGCCGCGCGGGCCCCCAAGGCGCUGACGGCGAACGGUGGCUCCCUUUCCCGUCCCCUUUUUGCGCGAUGUGGAUCGACACAAAACGGCAAUUCUCAACGCUGGAGGUGUGAGGCAAGAACCAGCGGAAGCGCUAAACCGGAAAUCCCGGAGAAAGAGAACCAAGAAAAAGCCGCAGAUCCCGCCGUGUCCAACGGUUCGGCGUCUUCUGCUUCAACUAAGCCCAAGCUGAUCGCAUACGACUACGGCUUUCAGUCCAAGUUUCUCCGCACGGGGCUCAACGUCCCUGGUAACAUCUUCAAGCUCGCGUUCGAGAAUUUCGCCCGCGAGUACUCGGCCCUUCGUAGCAACGUUCUCUACGAGGAACUCAGCGACGUCCGAACCGACAACAUCAAGAGAGACGGCAGGCAGCUCGCACUGGCGUACGCGGGUCGAUUCCUCGUCUCAACGCUCAAGUUCUUUGACAAGCUCCUCACGAUCUACGACGGUCUUCCCGAGAUCAAGCCCCCCCCUGCUAUGCCUGAGGAGAGUGAGGCGCUGAGGAAACGGCUGCAGCAGCUGACGCUGAGCAACGAGGCAGUGACUAAGAGGGAGGAGGACCGGCCUCAGGUGGAGGCGCCUGGAUGGAUUCUCCUCCCCUACAAGCUGCUGUGCUGGAUGCUCGAUGUCAUCUUCAACAACCGCCCCAUCCAACGGUUCUGGUUCCUCGAGACGGUCGCACGCAUGCCCUACUUCUCCUACAUCUCCAUGCUUCACCUUUACGAGACCCUGGGCUGGUGGAGGGUCGGCGCGGAGGUUCGGAAGGUCCAUUUCGCGGAGGAGUGGAACGAGAUGAACCACCUCAAGAUCAUGGAGUCUCUUGGCGGGGACCGCCUCUGGGUGGACCGCUUCUUUGCACAGCACGCCGCCUUCCUCUACUAUUGGGUCCUAAACUUCAUGUUCUUGAUUUCCCCGCGCACCGCGUACAACUUCUCGGAGUUGAUAGAGGCCCAUGCGGUGGACACGUACGGCGAGUUUGUCGAUGAGAAUGCGGAGCUGCUCAAGACUCUGCCACCGUCCCCAGCAGCUAUCGCUUACUACAACAGUGAUGAUCUGUACAUGUUCGACGAAUUUCAGACGUCACGAGUACCUGAGUCCCGGCGACCCAAGAUUGAGAGUCUGUACGAUGUCUUCUGUGCCAUCAGGGACGAUGAGAUGGAGCAUGUGAAGACAAUGUCUGCCUGCCAGCAGCUCGACUCCGUUGUCCGCUCGCCCAAUCGCCCAGGCUACGCCCCUCUGCCCUCCCCCGCUGACGUGUACUUCGAAGGCCUAGUGGCGAAAACCUCAUCCGCCACGUCAGCUUCGGGUGGUGCUAAGGUGACACCCUCUUCAGCGGCGUCAGCAUUCAGUGCAGCUGUUGGGGAAGCGAAUCUGCCCAAGGAUGUUCUUCCUCAGGCACUCAAGUCACAAGGAGAGUCCCUCAAGUGA